UGGGCAUUUUCGUAAAGCACUCCUGUAUCGUUGAGCAUAUUUUUUGUUCGAUUGGUACACAUGAAUUUUUGCGUUGAGCACAACUUCUUCAUAAAGAACACGCUAAAAAUCAAGCGUUAACCUUGUCACGUGACCAAAAGGAAUAUGGCGGGUGUUUUGCCAAAGAAACAUGGGACAGGUUACUGGCAGACUGUUACACUGCAAUAUGCAGAUGGGUUUAAGAUGAAUGUUACACUUGACAUACCAACUAUUGAAAAGCUAGAGAAUGGGGAUAAUGAACUUAUGGAAAAAAUAAGAACCAUAGCUAAGUCAGCAGGUACAGAUAUUGCAAUUCCAGGUCAUUUAAGGUUGUUAUCAACAACAAGUGUCAUGGCAGAAGAGGAAAUGGAUAAUAGCAGCCAUUCAGAGUCUGUACCAACCACAAGUGUCAUGGUUGAAGCAGAAAUCGAUAAAAGCAGUUCUUCAGAGGAGUUAAGUUACAUGCAUUGGCCAAGAGAAGCAGUUCUCUUACUCAUUUCCUUAUACAAGGAGUUUGAAGAAGUGCUAGAGGACCCAAAGCAGCGGAAAAAAGAUAUAUGGAAAAUAAUAACUGAUAAAAUGACAGAAAAUGGUUAUAAUUUCACACAAAAUAAAGUAGAAAGUAAAUGGAGAAGCUUAUUGCAGUCUCACAAAGAUAUCAGGGUAAACAAUGCAAGUAGUGGUAAGAAACGUAAAACAUUUCAAUAUUAUGAGGAAAUAGAAGAAAUUGUUGCCAAGAGGCAUGAUAUAUACCCAAUGGUGAAAGCAGGCUCAGAUAUUCCAUGUGAAAUUAGCAAGUGUUACAGCACAAAGUCAACAGAUUCUUCACCUGAAUCCCUGCACUCUGAUGCAUCAGAACUAAAAUUUCCAGAACUCACUAAGUCUGUGGAUAAUGGUCCUACUGAAACAAGCAGAAAUAAAGGCAAGGAAGCAAGAACAAGGAAUGUGAAAAAGCAACAGGAAGAAGAUACAGGUCAGCAAGUACUACAGUUUCUCAAAGAGAGUGAAAGCAGGCGAAGACAAGAGAGUGAAGCUCGAGAGAGUAAAAGGGAUGAAAGGGCAAAGGAAAGGAAUGAGAUUUUAAAACAAAUAUUAGAUGUUCUCAGAUGACAUUCAGAAAAUUAUUGAUACCAUACAGGCUUUUUGUGUCGCCUUGAAAAGGUGACAUAUAGGGGUUACUUUUGUCGUCGGCGUCGUUGUCGGCGUCCCCUAAAGCUUGUCCGGAGCAUAAUUCAGUCACUAUAAGUCUGAUUGACUUUAAACUUGGUAUGCAUGCUUCUUUCAAUAACCCGAAGUGCAGUGCUCAAAGACCGGUACUCUGCAGUUCUUAUUUUUUGAGUUAUUGCCCUUUGUUAAUUUUCAUACUUUAAUUGUGUCCGGGUCAUUUCUCUUCAACUAAAAAAGCUAUGGACUUGAAACUUUAUAGGAUGAUAUAUCUCAUUUAGUAGAAGUGCAGUGCACAAGAACCAGUACUCUGCACUUCCUAAUUCUUGAGUUAUUGACCUUUGUUAAUUUUCAUACUUUAUUUUUGUCCGGGCCAUUUCUCCUAAUGUAUAAAAGCCAUGGACUUGAAACUUCAUAGGAUGAUAGGUCUCAUUAAGAAGAAGUGCAGUGCACAAGAACUGGUACUCUGCAUUUCUUAUUUUUUGAGUUAUUGCCCAUUGUUUAUUUUCAUACUUUAAUUUUGUCCGGGCCAUUUCUCCUUAAGUAUAAAAGCUAUGGACUUGAAACUUCAUAGGAUGAUAAAUCUCAUUAUUAAGAAGUGCAGUGCACAAGAACUUGUACUCUGCACUUCAUGAUUUUUAGUUAUUGCCCUUUGUUAAUUUUCAUACUUAUAUAGGCUUGCCACUAAAGUUAAAGGUACAUGUACAUUGCAAGAGCAGUGUUUAUAAAUAACCUAUGUUUUAGAAGAAAAUGCCUAACUGACAGCUAUACUGUUGACAAGGCGACACAUCCGACUCACGGAGUUCUAGUUGAUGUUGAUUUUACUUCCAGGGUGUGAACUGCUUUAUCUGCCAAAAGAAAUCUUGUGGAAAAUCAUAUCAUAUGUCCAGGCUGUAGAUGAAAAUUGCAGGUUGUAUGCUGUAAAUAAAACUUUUAAAGAUUUUGUGUAUAUGAACAGAUUGAACUUUAGAGUGCAUGCAAACAUUUUGAGGGCUAAGCCAGACCUACCGAUAAGUAUGCCUAGGUUGAAAAAACUUACAGUGCAUGGAUGUUCAUUUGAAUGGGAUGAUGGGAUACUUGAAUGUUUGAAGAAUGCAGAUCUAAAAGAAUUAAAUCACAUCACUUUGAAAAACAGUACUUUCAAGGAUCAUUUUGUAGACCUUAUUGAUGUAUUGAGUUUCUA